AUGGAAACAUCAUCGUACGACGACGACUGCACUCGAGAUAGUCCAUCCGGAGCCGACAACAUUCAAACUUCGCCACCUCUGCCACCACCCGUAUCACUGUCGACCGACGAGCUUCCACCACAAGAAAAUAUCGACGAAGAAUCUCCUCAGCCACAACCUAUAGUCGGUCCUGGCAAUAUGUCAAAUCAUAAUAGUUCAAGUUUAUUCUCAGGAUUUCAUCCACCAUCACCUCUGAGAACACAGAAUGCAUUUCUAGAUCGUGUCAAUCAAGAUAUGUCUGGAGAGUUUCGUGAUCUAGACCGAUACAAUAUUAUGAAUGAAGAGUCGACCGCUGUCGAUUCCACCCAGGUCGAUCUCAACAGUACACGUGACUUUUUCAGUCCACUCAACGAAACGACAUCGGCAACUAUCGAUAGUAGUCGACGUACUAAUCCCAACAACAACAUUAGUAGUGCAUACUAUGAAAGUGUCAAUGGUAGAAGACAGCAACAAGCAUCAGCAACAACAUCAUCAUCAUCGUCCAACUAUAAUAACACCACUGUCAACGGUGGAAUUGCAGACUAUAUUGAAAAUAGCAAUUACUACGAUGAACUCUCGGGAUUCCAACAUCUCCCAUUGAAUCAGAGUGUUCUAAACGAUACCUAUCGAAAUUACUAUGACGAAUCGACAGUCAUCGAUGAACGUGACAAUCACUACGAUAACAACCAACACCACCAGCAUAAUACGACGGCAGUGCGAUUCGGACAGGACACUAUCAUAGCCGGCGGUUCAAGAGUGGCACCAUCGCCCGUACCCCAUAAUCUACACGAAACAACCAACACCACCUACUACCAAUCGAAUGCUAGCAGCAUCAAUCAUAAUCCACUCGAUUUCACACCUUCAAUCACACCAAAUUCACUUGAUCAAUCUCAUUUACAUGCACAACCAAAUUUACAAAUGGAUGAUUCUACAUUUUAUGGAAGUAAUAUAAAUCAUUCAGCUUUACAAAACAGUGUUAUUCAUAACCCUUCUAAUAAUACUUCGAGGAUGAAUACAACUACUACAGUUGCAAACAACAACAACACAUCGGUGGUCAACCCAAAGUUGUCGUUCUCAUAUAGCAGUUCUCGACACAAUCGUAAUAAUAAUACAACCGAUGACACUCUAGUACUGACACCAGAGAAAUCAACAGAUUACCUUAAUGGUUCGACUUUUAAUACUACUCCUUCAAGAAUGAAUAUAAAUAGAACACCCUAUACUACAACAACAGCAGCAGCAAAUAACACUACUAAUAUGAAUAAUCUUAAUAAUAAUGUACAACAAACAACACAACAACAUUAUAAUCAUCAUCAUCAACAAACAGCUACUACUGUUGGUUUAUCCACUGUAAAUUCAACACCGUCGACUGCACCGCUUUCAACGAAUAGCGCCUCCGGUCAGCCAAUGAAGCUAGACAACCUGACACCGGGAACAUUCUUUGGUGAGCGUGUACCGACACUUGGAACACUGAGCGGCAACGGCACACCCAUAUCCUUUGGUAUGAGAACACCGAACCAGCACUCUAUGAACUCCACCACCUACAUUGCACCGACAUCAAUGAACGAUUCACAGCAUCAACCAACCAAUUUGAGCACAAUGAUGGACUCUACUGCCACUGCCACCUCUGUCAUGGACGACGGCCACGAUAUUUACGGACGUCCAACCAUUCUAAACUACACACCAAAACAAACCGAUCUCGAACCAGAAGAAUACCAACGACUUCUCACCAAAUUCAAUGCGAAAAACAACCAGAGUACAACGUUUUCUGUAUCAACUCUGGAUGACAUUGAUAUCGAUGGUGUUAACAAUGGUGAUGAUGAUGAUAAUGACAACAGACAAAAACAAUUGCAACAACAACAACAGCUGCAACAACAAGGUCAAACAGAACAAGUAUAUCCAUCGUUGGAAUGUACCAGUCAAAUCGACUUUGGAAGUGUGGAGAAAGAUUGGUUGGUGGAGCGUGAGUUGAAUCUUGUCAACCCCAAUUCCACUCCGAUGGUGGUCGCCUCACAUUCAUUCCAGGGUCCGGCUAGCAGUUCAUUCCGUCUGGUCGACGACAACAGCUACUAUGUGGUGGAGGUGCCAGCAUUUGGACAACGUAGCUUGCGAAUUGAAUACUCACCGACCGUUCCCAAGGAUCAUACUGCCACUCUCACAUUGAUUGUCAUGCCAAUCACUGCGACAUCGAACGCCACUCAACGUAUCGUUGGCACGCUGUCAUCGAUCAUCUACGUCAUGCUCGUCGGCAAGUGCACAAGCAGCAUGCGACUCAGUAAGGAUCUGCUGUACAGUCAUAAUAUCUACGACUUUGGAGAGUAUCAGCCAGGCUCAAAGUUGGAAUACUACUUCUACGACGAGAUAGAAGGACAACAAGUCGAUAUUCGUGGUGAUGGAUACAGGAUCGCUCGUUUGGACGAUGGUAAAGUUGCCAUCAAAUUUGAAUCGCCAUCCAAUCUGUCGGCCAAAGGUGAAGCAAUCAUUUUCAACAACAAAAACAAUUCAAAAAAGAUUGUAAAGUUAAAUACCAAUGUUAAGACAAUUAAUAUAGUUCAACAACAACAAUCUCAGCAAUCUCAACAAUCUCAACAACAACAAUAUAAUCAACACACUCCACAACAAAUUAGACAACAACUACCACCACAACCUGACAAUUCUAUAAACAAAAGAGCUGCAACUAUUCAACCAAUUAUAAAUAAUCAACAAUCACAACAAACUCUAUCACAAUCUCAAAGAGGUCAACAACAAAUUUACGAUCCAACUCCAGAGUUGGAGUUGAUGAUACCAAAUAAUGCAUUGUCUAAGGGAAUUAAUGCUAUUGGCAUGGAUGAAUACCUGUUGCCAAUUCAAUACUCUGGAAGAAGUUCGUUGGAGAUCAAGUGUAAAUCUACCAAUCCAAACUAUAGUGUUUCACCAGAUCGUUUCACAUUGAGCACUCAAUAUUCAUCGGUUGUACUCUCCAUUAAACAUCGUGAUAUGGUUACUCUACCAAACGUCCAGAAAUCCUAUCUAAAGAUUACAAGUCCAUCGAUCAAAGGAGAAUCUAUCAAAGUACCACUUAUAGAUAGACAACAUCAACAACAACAACAACAACAACCAAAGCAGCAAGAGAGACAACAACAGCCACAACAACAAUAUAAUCCACAAUUUUCAAAAUCAGCACAACCAAGCUAUCAAUAUCAAUAUGAUAAUCACCUUGAAAAUGCAUUCUCUGAAAUGAAUAUUCAAUCUAACCAACAACAACAAUCAACAAAUAGAUCAUUUGUAAAUCAAUAUCAAUCUUCUUCUUCAUCUGCUGGAGAUGUACAUUCAUCAUCAACUACACCAUCACCUCAAUCCACUCCUCAACAAUCUCCUGAACGCGACCAACAACAAGACAACGGUAACAAACUAAAUGUCAUCUAUGAAGAUGAUACUGGAAGUAAACAUUUCAACCCUAAAUCAGUGUCCGAAGGUAUCAGAUUGUAUUGUCAACGUCAAUUGGUUACUUUUGGUGGUGUUCCACUGGGUGAAUCUAGAUCAACGAGAAUCAAGAUGUCAGCCGAAGGCCUGACAAGUACACUCCACCUCGAAGCCGACUUUAUCAAUGACGACGAGUUUGAAUUCCAACUGAGUUCAACCGCUAUUGUCAUUGCACCUGGUAGCGAUGCAUUCCUCGAUAUCGUUUACUCACCCAUGCAUGCAACCACUCACUCCAAUGCCAUUCGCAUCAAGAUGAAAGACAGCACACACUACUUUACCAUACCAGUGCGUGGCUACGGUGGCUCUGCACAAAUGAAGAUUCUCUCGCCUUACUUUACAGAUCCCAAGACCGAAAACAACCUCAUCUACAUCAACUCACCAAUCAACGCAUCGAAAGCUGGUGUUCACUGUUACCUAACAAUCAAGAAUCAAGGUCACAGACCAGGUUUCAUUCGUGCAAUUGCUAAAAUGGAUAAUGCUAAAAUUGAAAUAUUCCCAUCUAGUGCCGUCAUUGGUAUUGGAAAGAGAAUCGAACUUGAAGUUGUAGUACGCCCGUUGAAUUUGAAUGAUAAAGAUUGGAUGAGUGGUGAAGCAAAGAUAAAGAUUUACUAUGGUGAUGAAAUUGCCAGACGCAGAAGAAUGAAUGCCAAGCGAUUGGUUCAUCUACCCGACCAGACUCCAGUCAAGAGCCGUCUUAACAACACCGGUUCAAGUCAAGCCAUUUCAUUCUCCAUAUUCGACCAAGGCUUUACCUAUGAAGAUCAAUUUGCCGAUGAGGAUAUCGAUGACAACGACUUGCUUGGUGACAUCCGACAAGACAAGAUAUUCAAUCUCCACGAAAUGGAAUUGUUUGACGAGAAUGUUCGUUCUAUUAUUAUUCAACCUAUCAUUGGAAAUCCUCCACAACCACAACCUCAACCACAACCACAGCCACAAGUACAGCCACAACCUCAACCAAAAUCACAAUCUGUUUCAUCAAAACAAUCGAUCUCCAAUCAAUCUACACAACAUAAAUCAACCAUUGGCAAUCAGUCAACACUCGACCAAACUGAAACUAUAGAUCUUAACUCUAUAUCUUUACUCUCACCACAAUACAACUUGGCAAAUAGUAAAUUCUACCAGUCUGAUGUUCAGCAAAACCAGCUUUUCAAUCAAUCGACUGCCACUCAAAAAUCACAACAGCAAAGACAGCAACAACAACAACAACAACAAUUCAUAAAUACAUCACAAGCAUCUUCCAACACUAACAACAAAUCACAAGUACAACAAUCAAAUAAUUUUGGAUCUCUAAAUAAUUCGACAAGAGGAUCCCAAGCUAGAUCACAACCAUUGCAAACUCCAACUGCAACCAACUUCUCUUCAACCAUUUCAAAGCCACCCAAUACAAAUACCACUACAACCACAACUACACAGCAAACAUCGACAAUACCAAUGUCAUCCACUUACUUGUCUACGUUCAAUCCUGAUUUUGCCCAAACCAUGCUGGCAACACCAUCGCACUAUCCCUAUAAAUAUCAGAGACCAGAAGCUAACAACACCGACGCGACUAUUCCAAACACUCCCGAUAUGAGUAUGAGAGACUUCCAAGAUUCACCAGUAGAUCAGUAUCAGGAGCAAGAACAAGAGCAAGAACAAGAACAAGACCAGCAAGAACAACAGUCAUAUAAACAAACAUUCCAGACACCAAAGAUGAGUUCCAGUAUAUUUUCAAAUCCUCCACCAUCGUCGAUCGCCAAAAACAAUGGCGGUUCUCAAGAUACAUCUUUUUCACAAUCAACUUACUUUGGUCGUGGAUUGAUGUUCCAAACACCCGAGCAACCAAGUAGAUCAUAUAAUAAUCAGCAACCAAACUCUACACAAACAUCAUCUCGACAACAACCAACAACACAACAAAGAGAUAAUCUCUUGAAUCAUUCAAACUCUUCUUUAUUUGACAUUUCAUCGGACAUCGAAGAUGAACAACCACAACAUCAACAAUCGAUCGAUUUCAAUCCGUAUGCAACCAACAUCUAUCGUAACAAUCGUACCAGUUCCAACAGCAAUGGUGGCUCGCAGCUCAACGAUGAGAGUCUGAGAUUCGACUCACGACUAGCAUCGGUAUUUUAUCCGAGUGACUCUGACAUCAACAACAACAACGAUCCAGAGAUAAUGUAUGCACCCGAAGAAAUCGUUGAAUUUGGUGACAUCAGUGUCGGUGACAUCACAAACAGUAAGAUUGGAAUUGCAAAUGCAUCCAAUGGCGAUAUUCAAGUGGUCAUUUCCGAUCCUGGCGAACCAUUCCACCACACCCAUUUCGAACCGAUCAGACUCCAAUCAAAGAAAACCACUCGAGUUCCUGUAUAUUUUAAACCGAGCACUCAAGGUGAAUUUGUAAACUAUAUUCGUGUUACCAGUGUACCAUCGUACGAAGGUGAACCCGUUUACACUUGUGAUUAUGAACUCCGAGUUUGUUUUUCACACACUUUCAUUUCAACUUCACACAAUAAAUGCCCUCUCAGCAGAGAAGCAAACAUAUAA